UAUCAAUAAUUGCAAUUAUAAAUAUGAAACACACUGUAUUAAAGGCCUUACAACCCAAGAAUUAUUUCGAGCUUCUUCUUGAAAAGGAAAAGGUGAGGCUUAAUGCAAGAAACUUAAGCUCACACAGAGAUAUCACUGUCAACGAGUGCGAGGGAUCAACUGUAUCUGUUAACUUAGAAGGCACAGUAUGCUUAGUCACACUCGCCAUUGUUCCUAACAAGAACUUAAUGGACACAACUCCUCCCAUCGGGCUAUCCAUAACAGGAGCAGAAUCAAGCCAUUGUGACUUCCUGACUCAGCUUAUUAACGAGACCAUCAAUGUGCAAUAUAACCCAGAGAGCUCCAUAAAAGUCAAACUGAUAAUUGUCUGCCAUGUAGUCUGCAACAAAGGAAAUAUAGAAACAGCCAUCGCUGCUUCCUUACCAAUGCUUGUUAACAAAUUCACCCAAGAAACUGAGGAGAAAAUGAAUGAUCAUGAAACACCAGUGAGCCUUGAACUAGUCCAUCCCUGAAAGACCAUAAAAGUAGGCCUCAUAUUCAAGGACAAAAUCUGAAAACUUGAAAACCUCUACAUCUUAGUUGACCCCGACCUUGAAGAAGAGAAUAAAUAUAUUGAUAUUGAGAUACUCACUAGUUUCAUUGAAAAAGGUGGCAAAACCAGGACUAAAAUCAGCAUGCAUCAGAAGAACAAAAGACAGAUCACUGUUCCCUUCAAAAUACUCAAAAAGAUCGUAAACUCUUGUGAAGUUGAAGCAAGUAAAAUCUAAA